GUGCGAGAGCGAGAGUGCAGUGACGGUCAAAGAAAACGAUUCCAGCUGGAAAUUGUAUACAUAACGAUUUUACGGCGAAGAUACAUUGUUUUUAUGCAUAUAUGCUGAAGCGCCAGGAAAGGUUCAACAUUUCGAUAUCAACUCAUGUCAGACUGAACCUUGUUUAUACGAUUUGCACGUUGUUGCUAAAUCGCAACUGAACUACGGAGUUGAAAUGACGAGUCGAGGUGCGGAGGUCCGAGCGAGGGAAAAUCAGUCCAAGUUUGUACAGUCUAGAAUUGGAAGCACAGAGAAACACUUUGCUGAUCUAUGUCAACAAAUAGCUGCUUAUACACGAAAGACAGCUAGACUUCGAGACAAGGGUGAUGAUGUGGCCAAAGCAUUACUGACCUACGCUGAUUCUGAGACUCCAUCAAUGAAGUCCGGACUUACUAGCUUUGCAGAAUGUAUGUCGUCAGUACAAGAUUAUAGAAAUGCAGAGGUUUUAAGACUGGAAUCCAAAGUAGUAACACCUUUAACACUAUAUGGAACAGAAUGUAAACAUGCAAAGGCUGAUUUGAGAGCAUCUUUUUCUGCCUACCACAAAGAACAGGCACAACAAAAGAAAUUAGAAAAAAUAAGGCAAAAAAACCCUGGUGACAGGCACCAAAUAUCUCAAGCGGAAUCUGAACUGCAGAAAGCCAGCGUAGAUGCUACAAGAUCAACCAAAGCAUUAGAAGAUGAAAUGGAUAGGUUUGAAAAGAAGAAGCUACAAGAUAUAAAGACCAUUUUACGAGAUUUUGUCAAUGUAGAGUUAUCAUUUCAUUCUAAGGCGUUAGAAGUGUACAGCAAUGCAUAUCAAUAUUUGAUGUCAAUAAAUGAUGAAGAAGACUUAGAGGACUUUCGUAAUUCACUGAGGCCGCCGAGUACACCAGGUCAGUCUAGAUAUGGUAUGUUUGCAGCUCAUUCCAAAGGAUCAUUGAACUCCACUGGUCAUAGUGCCAACAGAACACCAAAUAUGGAAAGAGGAACAAGAGCAGGAGGUUCCAGCCAUACCAAUGGAAAUAACAUGAAUGAUUAUGAUGAUGAUGAAAGUGAAGAUGAAGAAUCAAGCUAUUAUGCUUCUUAAUUUAUUACCUUUUUAAUUUAUUUAUAACCAAACACAAUGCAUACUUUACAUGGCUCGCAUCCACCCCAAUUAGUUUCAUGGCCACUUUACAGUUCAAUUUCAAAACAGUGGAACUUUGUCUUGGUACUGUACAACUCUACAUCGAUGAUCUGGAUGCAGCAUAAACUGCAGGCAUUCUGAGUUUGCCUGUGCCACCAAACUUUCACAACCUAAGAAGUUUCUAUCGCUGUAUUAAUGUCAUGUAGAUAUUUGUAUUGUUAAUCUGAACUAUGUGUCUAGAAGUGUAACAUACUCAAUUCCUGAGUAUGUGGCUUUUAAUAGUUGAAUUUAUAUGAUGCUGAUUUAAACAGUGUUGAUAAUUACAUUGUGAAUACACAUAGGUAGAUGAGUCAGUCUCUCCAUGUGAUGAUUCAUAUCUUCCUUCAGGGUCAUAGUUUAGGUCUGUAAUGUAUCACUAAAAAGAAACCUUGCACCAUCAGCUCCCUUCUUCUUCAACUCCUGAUAAUUAUUAACUGACAUAAAUUGCCCUGUAGAUAUAUAUCAUUUAUUUGUUUUUAUUAAGCAAGUUGUGGUAAUUGAUUGUCCAAUCAACUUUUUUUUAAAUGUUGUUGUUCAUGAUAUGGAACACGUCCAUUGUUUCUAGAAAGGUUGGGGGUCAUAGGUCAUGAUAACACCUGUUUUAGAUGGUGUGCAAGUUUUUUUUAAAAGUUUUAUAAAUUACUGUACAAUUUGAUUACAUGUCCACACUUGGUCUGAGUGAGAGAUUAUUUUGAAAUAACUUUAUUUUUCCAGGGUUACCUCUUGCAAAUCAAUUUUUUUUUUAAAGCUUUUUUUUUUGCAUAUUUAGUUGAAUGUCAUUUUAGCACUUUUUGUGGCUUUGUUCACCGUCCACAUCUCAUGCUUUUAUAAUGUAACCGUCCAGUCAUCACAUCCCCAUGCUUUCAUAUUGGUAACUUUAAUGUUAAAUGUUACAUACUAGAUACUGAUUGAUGACCUCUUCAGACAGUGCUAUUUACUGUAUACUGUCUGAUAAACUUGAGUACAAGAUCUCUAUAUAUUUCAAUGUACGCAAAUAACACUGAAUAAAUGACAUGGUAAAUACUAUGUCAAAUCAAAGUAAACACGUACUGCAUGUGUAAUCGCCUAGCUUCACUUCACUACAUGUUUUCCCCUCGGCCAUCCCCAAAAAGGGAUGCUUAAUAACCAAGAGAGCAUGAAACCCGUCUAAGCGAUCCACGACACACAGCGUAGCAAGAUUGCGACAAAGGCCUUCAGAUCUGGCUGUACUAGGAUGGUGAAAGCCGAAGGGAAGACGCAUAGUGACGUGAAGCUAGGCGAGUCACGCAAGCAGUACGUGUUUACUUUGAUUUGACAUAGUAUUUACCAUGCCAUUUAUUUGCUUACUUUAUUUUCUAUGUCAGCAGCAACUAUGAGUUUACAAUUAAUUCAAUGUACAAUGUAGAGUUUAGUAACCUUAAUGUUGAAUCAAAUUGUGAAAGGAAUCCAAAUAUCUACCUUCAAUACAGGUACUUUUCUGUUUAACAAUUGACUUGGCACUUUUAAUUAUAUCAGGUUCGUGUACAACUUUGCAGGUUUAUUAAUUUGUACUGCAUGUUUUGUUCUAGUGUUGCUCAUAGAAUUCCAAUUACUUUGCAACAAUUAAAGUUGUAGCAUUAUUGUUACUUAUAGAAACCUAGGGAGUAUUGGGAGACAGUAUCAAAAAAAACCUUGGCAUAUCCAUUUUGAAAUUGGAUCUUUUCUACAGCUUUAUUGUGGUCUUGUGACUAUUAUGCGACAUAUUUGAUGUCUGUAUACAAGUGAAAUUAGGAACAGUUAAAUGUUUGUGGGUUUGAAAUACUCGGCAAAAGCAGACAAUCAAAUGUAAAGCCGAAACAAUCUGAAUAUCAUCAUCAAAUGAUUACUGUUCACAGUAGCUACAUAUUGUACAGGCUAUAUAAAGUGGUCUUGAAAUAGUGCCACAACAAUAGGAAAUGAGGAAAUAUGUAAAUAGGUUUAUAUUAAUGGAUACUAAAUGGCAUAUUUCAAGUCCAGAGUGUUGAUAGAAGCCAAGACACGAGUGUCUUUGGUUAAAGUGUAUACUAGAGUUUUAGACUGUUACUAUAUAUACAUAGCAUGUUACUUCUGUCACACUUCAGAUGUAUGCCAUCUGUAUAUACUUCAUAUAACUUAUCUAUUUAUCAAAGAUAAUUAACUCGUAAUAUAUGUUACUCUGUAAUUUACCCUGUAGUAAUUAUUUCUGAAAUAUAUUUUUGAAGCUGCAAAUUUCACAAUAAAUAAAAUGAUAAAAUGCA